ACGAAUGCCUGGUCAGGCCGCUCUAUAUACAUAUGCACGCAGUGCGGGGUAGAUAGCCCAUCUGAUAAUCUCUCUGUUCGGUAACCUUUCCGCCCGACUAAACAUACCGCUUAUGCAACAGGCGCAGCCUGUGGCAGCUGGUGGUGUAUCACACGCGUCUCCCUCCGGAGCGAACAACGUGCCCUCCCAGCUCGCAGAAACACAGGCUAUGCCAGACACCCCAACGCCAACCCGUUGGCGAUCCAGGGACAUGAUGCAGCCUAUUAUUAGUGAUAGAGGUGCGGAGAUUAUGAGUAUAGAUGAAAAGGAAGGCCGGUGAGGCCAGAAGCAGAAUCAGGCAACGGAAGACCUUACAGAACACAUUGAUUGGUAGGUGUCAC